UUGUGCUUACCCAACUAAGUUAUAUCGUAAAAACGAGUGAAGAUGUCUGAGCGCGGCCAGUAGGACGUCACGAUGUUUAUUGAGACAUUGCUUUGAGAAUUGUGUAGGACUUAAGAAAAUUGACGAAGACGGACCAGCUGAACGUUUUAACCUGAAAUAUGAUUGUCGGGCCUCAAUAACAUCAAAAUAUUCAAAAGUUGUAUAGGGGAUUCUCCAUUACGACAGUGCAGUUAUCAAUGACUAACAAGCAAGCUUUAAGUGCUACGAUUCUUCAGCUGUUAAAAUAGGGGACACUUUUGCGUACUCUCUGCUGUUUGUAGUUUCGCUGGUUGGAAAUACCUUGAUUGGAAUAAUUGUCUACAGGACGAAACCAUUAAGGAAGCCUGUCAACUUCUUAUUCGUGAACAUGGCCAUGUCAGAUCUGCUCAUUCCGACAUUCCUGUUUCCGAUGAAGCUGGUAUAUUUAUACACCAAAUCAUGGCAAGGCGGUGACGGCCCUAUCGGCCAGUCUUUGUGUAAGCUGGCUUCCUUCUCAGGAGAUACCUCCGUAGUGGUGUCAAUACAAAGCCUUGUUCUGAUAGCAGUGGAUCGAUUUGGAGGUGUGGUUUUUCCUCUUCGCUCCCCACUCAUCAGUUCAAAGAUGUGCCGGUUCUAUAUUCUUGCCACCUGGAUUAUCGCCAUAGCUGUUGAGUUCCCAAACCUGAUCGCCUUUAAAGUUGUCGAGAAUCAAGGGGCGCUGCAGUGUGAAAUAAAGUGGAACGACACAUUUGGAGAGUCCUCUUUAUACCAAGCUUACAUCCUGGCGAAACAUGUGGUAUUUUUGUUCAUUCCUUUGAUCCUAAUCGCCGUACUUUACUUUUUUAUCGCAUUAAGAAUUAAAUCCCAUGAUAUUCCGAGGAACUCUUCCUUUAACACAAGGAGACAAGGUUUGAAGAGACAAAGAAAUGCUCUGAGGAUGUUUAUUGUAAUAGUGUUUGUUUUUGCAAUCUGCUGGCUGCCUUUCGCAAUCACUCGGCGCCUCUCAAGCACCGGAUCAUCUUGUAGCUUCCGACAUUCCGAACAUAUUGCCUUUUUUUUAGCAAUAUCCAAUUGUGCUAUAAACCCUUGUGUCUGUUUUAUUUCCAAUGCAAAUUAUCGCCAGGCUCUAAGGAAUCUCCUCAGCCAUUUUGUUGCUUCUCCCAGGACUUAUGAAGCUGUCGUGUGAUUGUGAUCCAACCGUACGCGUUUUCGUGUUUCUCAAAGACACUAAAGAAUUAUUUCCUUAGCUUUUAAAACAAGAAUGUACAAAAAGUUACGAAAAUUUAAUUCUAGAAAUUAUAGCUUUAUCUGAAUAAAUGAAUUUAUAAGUA